AUGGAGCUGAACCCCAAACAAGAUCAGCACCAGCGGCAGCCGCACACUCAGUGUGGGAAUAUGCAGCCUCAUGUUGGCUUCUGCGAACACAAGUGGGUCAGCACCUGGUACCAGAACAGACUCAUACCACCCAAGGACACUAGCCUGCCACAGAUAGGCAUCGGCUAA